CACACGGUUUUGAGUUAUUUCUCCUUCUUCUUCUUCAUUUGUCCCCUCUAUAUCUUCAGCCAUGGAAGCUUCAAACCCUAACUGAAAAUCUCCAUCUUCUUUACCCAUGCAUUGAAGUUCCUUGUGAUUCAUCACAUUAUAUAUAAAGGGUUAGAGAAAAAGAUUGAUUUUGAGCUUUCAUUUUGUUAUUAAAAUUGAACAAUGGACAGUAUGGGAUGGAGGGAUGUGACAAUGAAUACGACGUCGUCGUCCUUGUUGUGGGGCAAUAAUCAUCAGAAUUAUACCGUUGGCUCUAUUUUUGAUUUUCAAGAAGCUUCUGGUCCAUUAGUAAUGUCAUCAAAGGAUGGACCCCAAUUGAGUUUUCCCUCUAUUAUGGGUAACAAUUAUAAUAUUAAUAAUAAUAUUAAUGUAACCCCACUUCACAAUCUAACCGUUCAUCAAGAUCGCGAGAUGGCCGGCGUUUCAACGACUGGAUCUUCACUAGAUUCUCUUGAUCAUUGUCUUCUGUCGGGAACUAACAGCAUCAAUACCGACACUUCCGUUGAAGAUGAUGGAAUUUCAAUUAUCUUCUCCGAAUGUCAAAAUCUUUGGAAACCCAACAACAAAAGGAGCCAAAUCAAAAUGGAUAUUCCAUCAAAGGAUGAAGGGUCAUUCAAGUUCAUAACCGAACACGAUCAAUAUCAACCAAACCCUAAAAAACCAAGAUCCAACAAACUUCCGACAUCAUCAAACAUAAGUUUCCAACAACCCAACAACUCAUCAGCAGCAUCAUCAAUUGACGAGCCUGAUUCCGAAGCAAUAGCGCAGAUGAAAGAGAUGAUAUACAGAGCAGCCGUCUUCCGACCUGUAACUCUCGGUCCAGAAAUAGUUGAAAAACCUAAGAGGAAAAACGUUAGGAUAUCCAAAGACCCACAAACGGUUGCAGCUAGAGAGAGACGAGAGAGGAUAAGUGAGAGAAUUAGGGUUUUACAAAGGUUAGUACCAGGAGGAAACAAGAUGGAUACUGCUUCAAUGUUGGAUGAGGCUGCGAAUUACCUCAAGUUUUUAAGGUCGCAGGUGAAAUCACUAGAAAACGUUGGCCACAAAUUUGAUCCUUUUGUUAAUUUUCCAAGUCCCACUCCAAAUCCUUUCCUUUUCCCACAUUUCUCUCUCCAAAACAUGAUAUUCCCCCAACAACCCGACCCGACAACCCGAUAAAAAUAAUUGUCCUUGUAAUUCUUAGCUUUAUAGUUCACCACUAAUUAAUUGUAAUGUCGAAUUUCAUCGAGUUUGUAAAUAUCCCAUGAAUUUUAUUUUGUUCAUGA